AUUAUAAUAGUUUAUUAAUGGAAGGUCUGGAAAAUACAGUGCAAAUACCAUAUAAAAUGCUAGCAUAAAGAAUUAAAAUACCGGGAGCAAACGGUGAAAUCCUCAUCUAAUAUGGCUGUCAAUAUGGAAAUCCAGAAAUUAGCUAAUAUAAAUAGUAAAGAAAAUACUGACAAAUUUCAGCGUGAAAUUUUUAUUUGUCACCUCCCUCCAAACAUUUUGUUGACAAUUUUUCAAUUCUUGGAUCUCAAAUCACUUUGCAAAAGCUCAAGAGUUUGUCGCUUAUGGUAUAAUUAUACAAACGAUCCCAGCUUAUGGAAAGUUAUCGACCUUCGACCAUAUCAGAUCAACUUGAGAGGCAUGAAGAAAAUUGUGAAUAGGCGAGUUUCUGAAUGCACAAAAGAACUUUAUAUCAAGGGACUAGUUACAGCUACAAAGAAAAUAGAAAAUUUAUCAGGACCACUUCUGGAAGAAAUUAGGAAAAGAGCAAACAAUUUAGAAUGUUUACGUCUAUAUAAUUGCUACCUAAAAAAUGUCGGGAUUCAGUUAUUACCAAGUUGUAUUAAUGAAUUAUCCUUAGCUGAAUCUCUUGUGCCUCUGGGUUGGUUUGAACCACUAAAACAAAAUAACUUGUUGCCGUCAUUGGAACAUUUAUCUCUGGAAUCAUGUACUCGAAUUUCAAGUGAAGAUAUUUCAAGCAUUUGUGAACUCAAAACUCUAAAGACAUUAAUAUUAAGAGGGUGCUAUCGUAUCAUUGAUGAUGACUUAAAAACAAUUUCAAUGAAUCUAAAAAAAUUAACUCAGUUAGAUCUUUGUGAUUGUAAAAAGAUAAAAGAUGUUUCAUUACAUCACAUUUCACAUCAUUUAAAAGACAUCCAAAUACUUUGCCUUUCCAGCUGCUACCAUAUUACACCUUUGGGAAUUGCUGUUUUAAAAGAUGGCAACUUGAAUAAACUUGUUUCUCUUGACAUCCUAGGAUGCUCUCAUGAAACACAACAGAAAGCUUUAAAGCUGUUUGCUGAUAAUCCAGAUAUCACUUUAAGAACUUUAUUAGAUUCUAGUCAAGAUGAUAUCUAAAUUAUUUUGUGUUAGGUUAAAAACUUUGCUAAUAUCUUGUAAGGAUUUGACUAUAAAUCUACAUAUAUGCCAUGUACAUUAACUUAUUAUUUAAAACCUAGCCUUACAAUUAAAAUAACAAAGAGACUUGUUGCAUUUACAGACGUUUAUUUUCUUGCCUUUGAUGCUGUAAGCCCUAUUUAUGUGUAUAAAUCUGUAAUAUUCACA